GGGCUCCCAGGUCUCCAGGUGCGCGGUGCCCCGGAUGGCGCCGCCCUCGGCUCCGCUCCCUGCGCAGGCACCAGGAGAGGCUGCACCUACUCGGAGAAGGGGCCGGAGGCCAAGGGCCUUGAAGUUCGCGGACGUGGCCGUGUACUUCUCCUCGGAGGAGUGGGGCUGUCUGCGGCCCGCGCAGAGGACUCUGUACCGGGAUGUGAUGCGCGAGACCUACGGCCUCCUGGGCGCGCUCGGAUGUGCAGGUCCCAAACCAGCUCUCAUCUCCUGGUUGGAGCGAAAUACCGAUGAUUGGGAACCGGCAGCCCUAGAUCCGCAGGAGUACCGGAGAUGGGUAACAUUCCAGAGAAAAACCAGAACCAGACAGAAGAAUGAAGAGAAGCAAGUAUUCCCACCGAAGGAAAUGCCCCGAAAAGGGAAACGAGGGCGGAAGCCCAGCAAACCCCGGUUGAUUCCCAGGCAGACAUCUGGGGGCCCCAUCUGCCCUGACUGUGGCUGUACCUUCCCUGACCACUCCGCCAUGGAGAGCCACAAAUGUGCCCAGAAUCUGAAGAAGCCCUACCCUUGCCCGGACUGUGGGCGUCGCUUUUCCUACCCAUCCCUGUUGGUCAGUCACCGGCGGGCACACUCUGGUGAAUGCCCUUACGUUUGUGACCAGUGUGGCAAACGUUUUUCCCAGCGUAAGAACCUGUCUCAGCACCAAGUCAUACACACAGGCGAGAAACCCUACCACUGCCCUGACUGUGGUCGCUGCUUUCGGCGGAGCAGGUCCUUGGCCAAUCACCGGACCACGCAUACGGGCGAGAAACCUCAUCAGUGCUCUAGUUGUGGGCGUCGCUUCGCCUACCCAUCUCUGCUUGCUAUCCAUCAGCGGACACACACAGGAGAGAAGCCCUAUAUCUGCCUAGAAUGCAGCCGUCGCUUCCGCCAGCGCACUGCCCUGGUCAUCCACCAGCGCAUCCACACUGGAGAGAAGCCUUACCCCUGUCCUGACUGCGAGCGGCGGUUCUCCUCCUCCUCUCGCCUGGUUAGCCACCGGCGUGUGCACUCUGGGGAGCGGCCUUAUGCCUGUGAGCACUGUGAAGCCCGCUUUUCCCAGCGCAGCACCUUGCUCCAACACCAGCUCUUGCAUACAGGCGAGAAACCCUACCCCUGCCCGGACUGCGGACGUGCCUUCCGAAGGAGCGGCUCCUUGGCUAUCCAUCGCAGCACCCACACAGAGGAGAAGCUGCACGCUUGCGAGGACUGUGGCCGACGCUUUGCCUACCCUUCACUGCUGGCCAGUCAUCGGCGUGUGCACUCAGGCGAGCGGCCCUAUGCCUGUGACCUUUGCUCCAAACGCUUUGCCCAGUGGAGCCACCUAGCUCAACAUCAGCUUCUGCACACGGGGGAGAAGCCUUUCUCCUGCCUUGAGUGUGGCCGAUGCUUCCGACAGAGGUGGUCUCUGGCUGUCCACAAGUGCAGCCCCAACACCCCCAAUGGUAGCCCUAGACCUGUUAUAGAAGGGCCCAGUCAGAGGAGCAGUGUCCUUUAGCACGACAAAGACUAUGGGAGAUCACUUUAUGGAGGGGUUCAGAACUCGGGAGGAGCUGCCAGAAGUCAUACAGGGGGGAGCAGAACUAAAGCCCUGGUCCCCUGCCCCACAUCCUGAACUCCAGCGUACUCCAGCACACUGGCUGCCUUACAGCACGUCUAAAGCAGUUAUCCGGAGAGAUGACACCAUUUGAUUAAAGUUUCCAAGCAAACCUAUCUUAAAAUAAUGUGGGUCCCCCCCCCAAUUUCUUUAGGGUUGCCUUCUUAGUUUUUGUGUAAAGGUUACAUUCAAUCAGGAGAACCUCAUUUGUAGAGGGCAGAACCUUCCCUGCUCUGCCUUUCUAUAUCACGAGAAAAACCACUCCUGCCAGGUGAUAGGCCAUGCUGAAAGCUACCUCACAUGGCAGGCGUUUCCUUGGGGAUGGUGCUAACUUUUAGAAGGCUAUAUGCUGCGGUCUCCUUUGAAAACGUGGCCUAGGAUAUGUUUGGACUUUACCCACAUGGUGGCUCUUCAGAAAACCUAAUCACAACUGCUUUGUGCCCCAAGUUGGUCACAUGUGUGGGGGUAGGGUUGGGGGGGUGGUCUUACUGCCUCAAGCAAUCUUUAACUUGUGACUUGGGUCAUUCUCAUACCUCAGCCUUCUGAGUAGCUGGGAGUGGUAGGCUGGUGCCACCACAUCUAGCUCUAGUCAAGCAUUCUUUUUUUUUUUUUUAAAGGUGCAUAUACAUAUUUUAAAGAUUUAUUUAUUUCUAUUUUAUGUGUUUGCGUGUUUUGCCUGCAUGUAUAUCUAUGCACCGUGUUUGGGCCUGGUGCCCAAGAGAGGCCAGAUGAGGGCAUCAUAUUCCCUGGAAAUGGAGUUACAGAUAGUUGUGAGCCACCAUGUAGAUGUAUACUGGGAAUCAAACCACAUGCUCUUAACCACUGAGCCAUCCACUCCAGCCUCUGGGCAGUCAUUCUGUGAAGAGUGGCUCUCAGUUCCCACAGGAGAAAUCUCUGACUGUGCUGUUUUUAGUGCUUCUUCUGAAGGAUCAGACGAGAACAACAGCACCACAGCAUAUGCUGUGCACCCCUCCCACCUGUUCUGUUUUUAGCUACUCAAGGCAGCACUGAUUUGAGGGGAAUGCCAGUGUGUUUGUUGGGUUUCAGACCUCUAAACACCCUAACCUACCUUCCUUCCUUUCUUUCUCUCUCUUUCUCUCUCUCUCUCUGGGUUUUUCGAGACAGGGUUUCUCUGUGUGGCUUUGGAGGCUGUGCUGGAACUCGCUCUGUAGAACAGGCUGGUCUCCCACUCAAAGAGAUCCACCUGCCUCUGCCUCCCGAGUUCUGGGAUUAAAGAUGUGCACCACCAGCCCUAACCUUUCUUUUUAGAGAUCUGAUAAAACCAAAUCUUCUUUACCAUAUCGGAAAAUCAGUUCAGGUUGUAUCUGAGGCAUCAGCACAGUAAACAGAGAGGUUUGAUUUUUUUUUUUUUUUUUUUUUUUUUUUGAGACAUGGUUUCUCUGGCUGUCCUGGUACUUACUCUGUAGACCAGGCUGGCCUUGAAUUCACAGAGAUCCAGAGAUCCACCUGCCUCUGCCAAAUGCUGGAAUUAAAGGUGUGCACCACCACUGCCCGUCGAGAUGUUUGAUCUUUAAGAAAAAGUGAGAGACUGGAAUCUAGCAGCAAGAGGUGAACAUGGAGGUUGAGUUUGCUACAGGUAGCUAGUGGCCUGGAAAAUCCCUGGGAACUGGGUCUUAUUUUUUUUUCCUGGUUUACAUCAAAUUUAGGAGACAGCAUGGAACCUUCCAUGGGGCCCCAUUCAACUUUUGCUCAUAAGGGAAUUAAAGGAGGGUAGAAGCCAUGUGAGCACUGUCUUAAAUUUGUUUUGCUUCCAUGGUACCCACUGACUUAGGUGCUUAGUAAAACUUUGGUACCCUUUUGCCCUCAGCAGCUACACCAAAGUGGACUUUGUAAACAUGACUUCCCAUCUUCCAGCAGCUGAACUGCAUCCUCCUGCAGUCGAGUCUUCCUACAGUGUGCCUGAUCUCAGCACUAGGUGGGGAGCAGACAGGAUUCAUCGAUUUGUAAUUACCUCUGUUUAGGUGUUUAGCAACCUGAUUGUAACCCUUUGUUUCUUUGUGGAUAAAUGAGUGCUCUCCGGGCAGGGCCUUGCCAGAUAGAGUUUCAUUAAAAUAUUUAAUGGAUAAA